AGCACGGUUUACACACACACUCAGAGACACACACUCAAACAUACACAUAUACUCGCUCUAAAAACAGAAAACAAAUGAUACAACAACACAUAACACUGCACAUUUGAUUCACAAACAUAAACAACAUCAGCUCAGGAUCUUCACUGUCAUCAUGAGUCUCAAACAAGCCUGUAUCUUUCUCAGAGGAGGAACAAGGAGACAAACAAGAACUCUUACCAAUGAAGAAAUAGAAGAGUUACGUGAAGCUUUUGUGGAGUUCGAUAAAGACAAGGAUGGUUUUAUUAGCUGCAAAGAUUUGGGCAACCUCAUGAGGACCAUGGGUUAUAUGCCAACGGAAAUGGAGCUGAUAGAACUGAGCCAAAACAUCAACAUGAACCUAGGAGGACGGGUGGACUUUGAGGAUUUUGUGGAACUCAUGAGCCCGAAGCUUCUGGCUGAAACUGCAGGCAUGAUUGGAUUAAGGGAACUUAAAGAAGCCUUCAAAGAGUUUGACAUCGAUGGUGAUGGUAGCAUCACCUCUGAAGAGCUGAGACACGCCAUGAUCAAGUUAUUAGGGGAACAAACCAGCAAAAGGGAAAUUGAAGCUGUGGUCAGAGAAGCCGACAACAAUGGAGAUGGAACGGUCGACUUUGAGGAGUUCGUGAAAAUGAUGUCACGGAAUUGAUGGCGACAAAGUGAAUGCAGGGGAUUUGUUUUUAUUGACGUUUAUGUCGCUAAGAGUCCAUUUCUCAUGAAUAUUUGUUGCCAUUAUUUUUCCCAUAUAAGUGGAGAAACUUAACUUUAUCAUUUUCCAAAGUUCAUUAACUUUGAUUUGACAAAAUGUUUGGUCUUUUUUUUGUGUGUUUGUUUUUGAACUCAUAGUUCUGCAUGUGGGCCAGUGUAUUGUCACCUGGCUUCUCAGAAUCUCACAGACCUGAGUAAUGAGAACAUCUCAGGAUGAAGUCAGUCAGAGGGGAAAAAAAAACAUUUUAAACAUUUUAAAGAGAGCAGCUCUUAAUCAAAUGUUGGAAGUAGUGUCAGUGGUAGAAAUGUCCCUUCCUGAGGGUUGCCCUCUUUUUUCCCUUGUGUUUAAUUUCAAUCUAUUUGGUGAAUUUACCUUAAAUAAUCAAGACAGAUAUAGUGUGGCAUAGUGGCUGAUGUAUAUAUGCCAAUGUAUAGAAAUACUAAGACAAUGUCAUUGCGUUAUUUUAUUACGUUUAGUAGUAUUUUACAGAGAUCGCUGUUUGUUGUUAAAUCGAAUGUACAAUCUAUUUUUUAUUUAUUUAAUAUAUCCCCCUAUGACAGCUUCACUAUCUCACCUGCUCUGUUCUUGUAACCAUAAUGACAAAUGCCCUCUGACCUUAUUACUUACUUGAAUGUUGCAUGUUUUAUUGAUUUUUGUAUGGUCUAGGCAGCAGAGAUAUGCUUGGUUUAGCAAAAGGUUAGUUGUAGGUUGUAAGAUGGGGGUUUAGGCGGUAAAGUGUUGAGUUACUUUCUUAAUGUUUGUGAAAAGUGUGGUCAAGGUAAAGUGCAGGUCCUGCCGUAUAAAUACACAGAUUAAAAAUGCAUGCGUGUGUUUAUGUCAUUUUAUUUCUAUAUCUAUUUUGAAUGAGAUUGUGUGAGGAUUAAAUGUUCUCGUCGAUACUGAUAGUUUGAUGGAAAUUGAUAGCUGGUGUACUGGUUAUUUUUCUUCAAUGUGACAACUGUGUUGCCUAUAGUCCAUAUAUUGGAUGAAGAUAAAAACAUGGAUGGAAACAAGCUGACUAAUAUAUGCUUUAACAAGCAUUACAUUAUUUUUGGAUGGCCGCCUGCUGACAAUAGCAAGAAGAAAUGCUCUGCUCACGUGGCAUCCUGUGUUGAAAACAAUCCAUCUAGUCUCGUUAAAGCUGUUGCAUAAUAAGAAAAAAAAUUAAAAUGGUUGCGUGACAGCCGUGGAUUUGAUGUGUUUGAAUAUUACAGAAUCAGUUUAAAGGAAAAAUAUCGCUCAGUCAAAUGCAUUUGAGUUGGCGUAGAUCAACUCCUGCACAAUAACAUGUAGUACAUAAAUCUAAACAAACUCAAGAAUAAUCUGUCUCAUGGGAUGGAUUAGUCCAGUCUCUGUAAUCCACAUCGUGGGACACUCAUGUGAGCAGAUGGUAGAUGAGAUGAAAUCACAGCCACUAAUUCUGCUGAUUGAAAAGAC